AGCAAAUUACAGUGGGAGCAGAGGGGCAAAGCGAACACUGGAGAAAACCAAUCUCUCCUAUCAAUUUUUAGGGUUUUUGUUCCUGAUAGCUUCUCAGAAUUGUUGUGAAGGAGAAGAGGGCCUGAUCAUUGACCUCUCUAAGGGCUUUUUCUGCGUUGAAACGAGAGGAUAAAGAGAGAGAAAACCCUAGAGAGAGAAACCCCAGUUAGGGUUUUACAAAAUCAGGCAAGAUGAGGAUUAUGAUCAAGGGUGGUGUUUGGAAAAACACAGAGGAUGAGAUCCUCAAAGCUGCUGUUAUGAAGUAUGGAAAGAACCAGUGGGCUCGAAUCUCUUCGUUACUGGUUAGGAAAUCAGCUAAGCAAUGUAAAGCUAGGUGGUAUGAAUGGCUUGAUCCUUCCAUUAAAAAGACUGAAUGGACAAGAGAAGAGGAUGAGAAGCUCCUUCACCUUGCCAAACUUAUGCCCACACAGUGGAGAACCAUUGCCCCAAUCGUGGGCAGGACACCAUCCCAGUGUUUGGAGCGAUAUGAGAAGCUCUUAGAUGCAGCCUGUGUCAAAGACGAGAACUACGAACCAUCUGAUGACCCAAGAAAACUUCGCCCUGGUGAGAUUGACCCCAACCCUGAGUCCAAGCCUGCUAGGCCUGACCCUGUUGACAUGGAUGAGGAUGAGAAGGAAAUGCUCUCUGAGGCCCGAGCACGCCUUGCAAAUACUCGUGGAAAGAAGGCCAAGCGCAAGGCUCGAGAGAAGCAGCUCGAAGAGGCGAGGCGCCUCGCUUCGUUGCAAAAACGCCGAGAAUUGAAGGCAGCAGGGAUUGACGGGCGACAAAGGAAAAGAAAGAGAAAGGGGAUUGACUACAAUGCAGAGAUACCCUUUGAGAAAAAGCCACCAGCUGGUUUUUUUGAUGUCACAGAUGAGGAAAGGCCGGUCGAGCAACCCAAGUUUCCGACCACUAUUGAAGAGCUUGAGGGGAAGAGGAGGGUUGAUAUAGAGGCUCAGUUAAGGAAGCAGGAUAUUGCGAAGAAUAAAAUUGCCCAAAGACAAGAUGCUCCAUCUUCCAUACUGCAAGUGAACAAGCUUAAUGAUCCUGAGGCAGUUAGGAAAAGGUCCAAACUCAUGCUCCCACCUCCUCAAAUCUCUGAUCAUGAGUUGGAGGAAAUCGCGAAGAUGGGUUAUGCUAGUGACCUAGCUCUUGGGGAUGAGGAGCUUGGGGAAACUAGUGGGGCUACUCGUGCUCUUCUUGCGAAUUAUGGGCAGACUCCAAGGCAGGGAAUGACUCCAUUGAGGACCCCACAGAGAACUCCUGGUGGAAAGGUUGAUGCCAUUAUGAUGGAGGCCGAGAACCUUGCGAGGCUUAGGGAGUCGCAGACCCCUUUAUUGGGUGGUGAGAAUCCGGAUCUCCACCCCUCGGAUUUCUCAGGUGUCACCCCUAAGAAAAGAGAGAUGCAAACACCUAACCCUAUCGCAACCCCCAUGUCCACUCCUGGGGGAAUGGGUCUCACUCCUCAGAUUGGUAUGACCCCAUCAAGAGACAGUUAUUCUUCUGGCAUGACACCAAAACAAACCCCCCUUAGGGAUGAGCUUCACAUAAAUGAAGAUAUGGAUAUGCUCGAUGAUGCCAAGCUUGAAAGAAGUAAGCAGGCUGAGUUGAGAAAGACUCUAAAAUCUGGUUUGGUUAGUCUUCCUCAGCCCAAGAACGAGUAUCAGAUAGUUGUGCAAGCUUUGCCUGACGAGAAUGACGAAGCUGAAGAGAAGAUUGAGGAGGAUAUGUCUGAUAGAAUAGCUAGAGAAAAGGCUGAGGAAGAAGCACGACGUCAAGCAUUACUUCGAAAAAGAUCGAAAGUUUUGCAGAGGGGCCUCCCUCGACCUCCUAAGGCUGCAGUGGAUCUUAUCAAGAGUUCUUUGAGCAGGGUUGAUGAGGACAAGAGCUCAUUUGUCCCGACCAUAUUGAUUGAGCAGGCCGAUGAGUUAGUCAGAAAGGAGCUUCUUCUUUUACUCGAGCAUGACAAUGCAAAGUAUCCCCUCGAGGAAAACUCAGAGAAGGAGAAGAAGAAGGGCGGCAAAGGCGCUGCUAACGGGAAAUCUGCAGCACAAGUGCCUCUGAUAGAUGAUUUUGAAGAAAACGAGUUGAAAGAGGCUAGUGCCCUGAUCGAGGAUGAGGCCUCUUUUCUCCGUGUCUCGAUGGGGCAUGAAGAUGCCUCCAUUGACGACUUUGCUGAGGCUCGUGAUGCUUGCCAAGAAGAUCUCAUGUAUUUUCCGUCUCGUAAUAGCUAUGGCCUCGCCAGUGUUGCCAAUAACAAUGAGAAGAUUGCUGCUCUUCAAAAUGAAUUCGAGAACGUGAAGAACAAAAUGGAGGGUGAGACGAGGAAAGCAGUUCGCCUUGAACAAAAGUUAAAGAUUCUGACUCAUGGGCAUCAGAUGAGAGCAGGGAAACUGUGGUCCAAAAUUGAGGUCAUUUUUAAACAGAUGGACACAGCUGGAACUGAACUUGAAUGCUUCAAGGUUUUACAUGACCAAGAGCAGCAAGCUUCAAGAAAAAGGAUUAGAGAACUACAAGAAGCAGUCAACAAACAAAAAGAUCUUGAAAAGCAUUUGCAACAUCGUUAUAGUAACCUGUUAGCGAAGCUGGAAUCGAUUCAAAGGAAAAUGGAAGAGGCCAGGAUAAAGAAAAGGCAAAUGCAGGAAGAGGUUAGUGUAAAGAAUGAAGAGGUUCUGGCGUUGGAAAUUGCUCCUGCCAAGGAGGGUCAAACUGAGACCAUGGAGACUGAGGAGCCACUUAGGGUUUCAGAGAGCGAAACCCUAAUAGAUAAUGAAGAUGCUGGAGUUGCAGUAGCAGAGACUGUGGCCAUGCAAACUGAGACCAUGGAGACUGAGGAGCCACUUAGGGUUUCAGAGAGCAAAACCCUAAUAGAUAAUGAAGACACCACUGGAGUAGCAGUACAAGAGACUGUGGCCAUGGAUAGUGAGAGUGAACCACUUGGGGUUGCAGCAACAGAAAUUCUAAAAGAUAACCAGGCACCAAAAGACAUGCCUGGAAUUCAAGUAACAGAGACCAUUGACAUGGAUUCUGAGACCAAACCACUUGGUGUUUCAGGAAGCGAAACCCUAACAGAUAACCAGGCACCAGAAGACGUGGCUGGAAUUGAAGUAGCAGAGAACGUUGCCAUGGAUUCUAAGACUGAGCCACCGGUUUCAGCAAGUGAAGUUCUAGGAGAUGACCAGUUUCCAAAAGACAUGGCUGGAGUUGAAGUAGCAGAGACUGAGACCAUGGAUUGUAAGACUGAGCCACUCGGGGUCUCAGUGAGCGAAACUCUUACUGAUAACGCCCGAGCUGAUAACAAGGUGCCAAAAAGCAUGGCUGUAAUUGAAGUGGCUGAUAAUGCCCUAGCUGAUAACGAGGCUCCGAAAGGCAUGGCUGGAAUUGAAGUGGCGGAAACCGUGGCGAUGGAUUCUAGCGAUCAGAGUGCCUUGUCGGCAACUGAGUGUUAAGUCUCUCUCUCUCGCUAUCUCUUUGUUGUAUCUUUAGAACCAGGAUAACUCUUGGUUUUUUAUAAUUCUCGAGAGACUGUUAAUGUCAUGUCCUAUUUUUUGGUUGUGGUUUAAAUGUUUUUCUUUCUUUUA